CGAGAGUUCUCUUUCAGUUCUGCAAAAACCCCAGAGUAGGGUUUUACUCUUACUCUCCUUGCGAUUCGAUUGACUCACUUUGGCCGAAGAAGAAGAAAAUGGGAAGUAGAUGCACUUUGGCCGGCGUGGAAGUCCCAAUCGUCGGCAGCGACUCCGUCAGAUGGAUUGAACUUUCCCUUCCUCCUUCUUCUUCUCCAUCUGCAGCCAUCGCCAUUGCCGAUUCCGACGCUAAUCUCAGCGUUCCUAGCAUCUGUUCCCCUCUCGCGGACGACUUCGCCUCCUGCUCCGCCAUUGGCGAUCCUCCGAUUUACAUUACAUGGAGAAUUCACAAAUCACUACCCAAUGCUGUGGAGCUACUUGAGCUCUGUGCCGAUAAAGAAUUUCCCAGAAUUGGUCUGCGAAUCACUUUCCCUGAUGCGCUCUCUGCUUUUGCUUUUGUCUGCAAAAAUGAGGUCGAUGUGAAUUCUAGAAAUUACCCUUACCUGCUUCAUGUGUUGAGUGUUUCUGGAAUUGCUUACCUUUUGAGGAUCAGACACACCUCAGCAUACAAAUCCUCCUCCGUUUUGCCGGCAGAGGAGGUGAUCAGGACAUUUGACAUGCACAGUUAUGGCCCUAUAACAAGUGCAUCAGCAUUGCCCUCUGGAUGUUUUGUAGUUGGAAGGAGUGACGGAUCUGUUGGUUGUUUUCAACUCAGCAUGCUCGACCUCGAUGCUCCUGCUUCCGUGCAUGAGCUUCGGGAUGAGUCGGGAAUAAGUCGUUUGUGGGGUCUCAUGUCCAGGGAUAGGGUAGUAGAGGCUGUGCAAGAUUUGGUGUUAGCAAAGGUUCAUGGAAAAAUGCUUCUAUUUGUGCUGCAUUCUGAUGGGAUUCUCCGAGUGUGGGAUCUUUCAUGCCGUAUCAAGAUCUUCAAUUACAAUAUGAAUGUUCCAACUGCAUUAGUAAGGAUAUGGGUUGGUGAAGCUGAUAAUGACUCAACUGUUUUGCCAUUGGCAAUCUUGUCUAGACAUAUCUCAGAUCUUAGCUCGGAGCAAGUUAACUUGUACAGUCUACGCUGUAGUUUGGGGGAUAGGAUUGUUUUGUUGCUGGAUCCAUCUAUGUCAACUAUUCCUUUGUUAGAUGGAGGAUGCAUUGAUGUCAAACUUUCUUCAGAUAAGGUGUGGGUACUGAAAGAAAAUGGGUUGGUUCUUCAAAGUUUGUUUCAUACAGACAAAAAUGUUAAUGCGGAUUCAACACGCUAUUACACUUUGCAGGAAGAAUUUGUUGCGGAUCAGCUAUUUCAAAGUCCUGAAUAUUUGUCAGAUGACCUUAUAUUGAUGAGUCAUUCAAUUUUUUCAUCUUCAAAGGACCAAACUUUGUCGGCUGUAUCCAACAUUUUCUUACGCAGGCUGCUUCAUCCUGGAGUGCAUCAUAAUGUUGCCAUGCGUGCAACUUUCCUGGACUAUAACAGACACUGGACGGAUUCAGAGUUCCAGUCAUUAACUGCUGAUGGAUUGAAGAAGGAAAUCCUUUCAUUGAUUGAACAUGAGGGCAUGUGUGAUAAUUUAAUAUCAAUAUAUCGCUCCUGGAAAAAUUUCUAUGCGCACUACUUCCAGAACUGGUGCAAGAGCAAUGCACCUUGUGGUUUACUUGUCGAUUCAGCUACGGGCUCUGUUGGUUUGAUCAGAAAGACUUCAGCAUCUCUAUUUCGUGGUCCAGAGGACAUUGAACGGCUUCUUGAUGGUUCUUCUUCUGAUGAACUUGGUGAUCUUGUUAGUUCUGGGUUGGAUUCGUUUAAUGACAAGCAUGAAUAUGGGAUUCUUGUUGAUAUGCUCAGAUGCGUCAUUAGUAUCAGUCAACAACUGGGAAAAGCUGCUCCCGAUAUAUUUUAUGAAUCCCUUGUUAGCAGACCAAUUUUCCCAUCUGAUAAUAUUGUUCCUCACAUGUUAAAGGUUUUAGAAACUGGAUAUAGUUCAAUGGUUGCUACACAGUGUGUAUUGGAGCUUGGUACUCACGUUGCUUGGGAGAAAAAACUAGUGGAUCACAAAAACUUGAGGAAAUUUUCAAUUGACAUGCUUCUAUCUCUUCAUGCAUUGUGUGAAAAAGCUAGUACGUGGAGCAAAGUUUUGAAUAGCAUUGAGAAUUAUUUGAAGUUUCUUGUACCUCGGAAAAUUACACAGAAUCUGGAUGCUGAUACUUCAUUGAGUAUUAACGCUUCCAUAUUGGUCCAGGCUACUUCUCAAAUUGCAAAAGCAAUGUUUGAAUCUGCAUUUGACAUUCUUCUUUUCCUAAGCUAUCUAGUAAACAACAGUGCGCAGAUUCAUAUGUUGCCUGAUGAUGUAUCUAAAAUACAACUGGAGUUGGUUCCAAUAAUUCAAGAAAUCAUUUCAGAGUGGCUUAUAGUUCAUUUUUUCACCACCACACCAUCUCAAUCAGCAGCCGUUGAAGAUUUCAGUUCCCAACUUUCGUCGUUGCAAAUAGAUAGCAGCACAAGUAGAAGAUCAUGGAACGAAAAGCUUGGCAAAUGUGAUUUUCCUUUGGCUUUCGUAUUCUUGUUAAAUUAUCAAAGUUUUCCCAGAGAUCAUCACCUUCAUUCAAGAUAUCUUUCAAAUGCGCACGACAUUAUUAUUUCUGUGCGGAACUUUAGUUGCUGGAUCAUUUGGGGAAAGACUGGAGAGUCCUCUACUUUCUUAAGCCAUUCAACUGAGCUUGCAUUGAUCCUGCUAAGGCAUGGGCAGUACAACGCUGUUGAGCAUCUACUCGGUGUGGUGGACACACAUUCACAGAAAGAGAGAAUCUUGGAAACUAUUGAAGAUACUAAUGGUAGAUGGUGCAUACUUCAACAUCUUCUUGGAUGUUGUCUUCUUGCUCAGGCACAUCGUGGAUUGAAUGGGAAGCUUAAAGAUAGGAAACUAAGCGAAGCUGUUCGAUGUUUCUUCAGAGCUUCAUCCGUAAAAGAUGCUGCCCAGGCUUUGCAGAGUUUGCCUCCUGAAGCAGGCUUGUCACCGCUUGGUUUCAGAAGUACCAUAUCAGAUGCUGCAUGGAAGCUACAUUAUUAUCAGUGGGCAAUGCAAAUGUUUGAACAACAUAAUAUUAGUGAAGGUGCAUGUCAAUUUGCUCUUGCUGCACUCGAGCAAGUAGAGGAAGCUAUAGUUACAAAAAGUGAGCACUCUGGUCGAGAUCCAUUUGAUGAAUCAACCACCAUCAUCAAAGGACGGCUUUGGGCAAAUGUCUUCAAAUUUACACUAGAUCUUAAUCACUUUUACGAGGCAUACUGUGCAAUAAUAUCAAAUCCAGAUGAGGAGAGCAAAUGCAUCUGCUUGAGGCGUUUCAUAAUCGUCCUUUACGAGCACAGUGCCAUUAAGAUUCUCUGUGGUAAUCAACUUCCUUUCAUUGGUUUAAUUGACAAGGUAGAGCAAGAGCUUGCCUGGAAGGCAGAACGUUCAGAUAUUUUAGCGAAGCCGAACUUGUAUAAGCUACUAUAUUCAUUUGAAAUGCAUCGACACAACUGGCGGAAAGCGGCAAGUUACAUAUACCAGUAUUCAACUCGUUUAAAAACUGAAGCAGCUCAGAGAGACAUCCAGCAUAGUUCAUUGGAAUUGCAAGAAAGAUUAAAUGGGCUCUCUGCUGCUAUUAACGCACUUCAUCUUGUUCAUCCCGCUUAUGCUUGGAUUGAUCCUCUGUUUGAGAGACCUGGCCAUGAAGAGCAUUAUCCAAGUAAAAAGGCUAGAAGAACAGUGGAAGAAGAGCCAGAAGUUAAUGGCUUUCAGCCUCAGAAGCAGCAAUGUAUUGAUAUUGAGACGAUUGAAAAUGAGUUUGUGUUAACUUCAGCGGAAUGUUUGCUUUCAUUGGCACAAGUAAAAUGGAGAUUCACCGAAAAUCGGGAGGACUUGCCAAAUUUGGUUGAUCUCCUAGUCGAGGCAAAUCUGUAUGAUAUGGCAUUCACAGUUCUUCUAAGAUUCUUCAAGGGUUCAGACUUGAAGAGGGAACUGGAACGAGUUUUUUGCGCCAUGUCAUUGAAAUGUUGUCCAGAUAAAAUUGAUCCAUGGACAGGGGCAGGGGAUGAUCGGCAAAAGCAUGUUCUUCUGUUGACUUCAUCAAAGAAUGAAAUAGUUGUACGCGGUUCACCUGAUAUGAGUUCGACUACUCAACAAUUCAAGGGGAAUAGUCAAUGGGUUACGCUUGAGUUGUAUCUUGAAAAAUACAAGGGUUUGCAUGGCAGAUUACCACUAAUUGUUGCUGAAACUCUUCUUCGUACAGAUCCUCAAAUUGAUUUGCCUCUUUGGCUAGUUAAUAUGUUCAAGGAUGGUCGAAGUGAGACGACUUGGAGGAUGACCGGGCAAGAGUCAAAUCCCGCAUUAUUGUUUCGGUUAUAUGUUGAUUCUGGUCGUUAUACUGAAGCUACAAAUCUUUUGCUUGAGUAUUUAGAAUCAUAUGCAUCAAUGAGACCAGCAGACGUAAUCAACCGGAAAAGGCCAUUUGCAGUUUGGUUUCCGUACACGGCAAUCCAGCGGCUAUGGGGCCAACUUGAGGAACUCAUCAAAAUGGGUCACAUGGUAGAUCAAUGCGAUAAACUUAAAAGACUAUUACAUGGAGCCUUGCUGAGACAUCUUACGCUGUCAAAGGUGGACUCCGAUGAUGCAUCUGCUGCUGUUUAAAGAUAAAAGCAAAAUUUGUAUCAGCCAAGAAACCCUAAUUAUCUCUUAAGCAUUCGAAUAUGCCUCAAUCCCCAUGUUGAUUUUUGCAUCAUUGUAUGUAUCGGGCCUCGUUACAAAUGUAAUAUUAAGCUUCGUAUAUUUGCAUUCCAAUACAAUUUAAUUGCAGUUACCUUUUGUAGUUUAGAAAGCUCAAGAAUUCUACUUGUGAAUAAUCAAAAUAUUGGAGAC